UCUACUGACCACGGUGUUCAGGAUGCCGAGGUGCUCGCCGGUGGCUGCGAAUGACCCCACACUGAAGGGCGGACAUUCGUCUUCUCCACGUGAAGACUGCGUGGACGAUGCCAGGCAUAGUCGAACUCUAGAAGCAAGCUGCACGACUUUGCUGCCCCUGCAAGAGCCUCGCACUCUACUCUGGAGGACGCUUUUCAUCGACUAGUAUCAGGGCACAGCUCGACAUGGCUUUCAUGUCCCGACUCCUCGCAUGGCUGCCCGAGAUCUCCGGGAUGGAUUCCAACAUAUACUUGCCGCUGGAGACGCUGAUUACGAGCGCAACAGAUGCGCUGCAGACCCAAACCUUGGCUGCAUUGCAAAGACGCAGCGAACAGUGGCUACGGGGAUGGCAGCAUCGUCGAUGUCACGGUGGAAACCAUGGCCUUCAACGUGCUCGCAUCCCUAUUGAAACCUCCGAACACAUCAUGGAUUAUAUGGACUGGCCCACGCUACGCAGCGCCACGCUGGUUUGCCGUGCAUGGUAUCCUGGAGCCAAUCUCCGUCUAUUAUUCCACUGUCAAAAUCACGUCACGCAUGAGCUAUGACAUGCUCGCCCACACAGACGGGAGACAUCCCCUUCCUGGACCCCCUACCCCUUGUCUUUGCGAGCGUAGCGCCUUCACUGCGAGUACUCGACAUCUCCUGGGUAUUGCGACCUGUCAUGCAUCCGACCUUCUACCGCGGCCUCCGUCAAUUCCCAUGCCUCGCCUCACUGAAUUUGUUCCAUGCCCGACUGAGCAACAUCGCCCAGUUGCAACAGAUUGUCGUUACGAUCCCUCACCUACAGAACCUUACCCUGAACGAGGUGACCUUGCUGCGACCACGAUCUGCCGCACGCACCGAUCCCCGGACGAAGACCGAUAUCCGGCUCAGACAGCUACUCCAGAGAUUCGCGUCAAUGGGGGUUACUAUGGUCUCAACGGUGUAGAGGCCUUCGAAGCUAUAGUCAGCUGGCUGGUGUCCUCCGCACUAUGCGUCAGCUGGCUGGUGUCCUCCGCACUAUGCGCCUCCCUUCAAGGAUUGAUCACACAAUCCUCUUUCUCGAAUGGGGAUGCCCACGAACGUGCAUGUAUACGCCUCGAUGCGCUCCGCAGAGCAGGUGGACCAGUUCUCGCGUCGUAUCGUGACACACGGAGCGAAUUUUGGGAUGCAGGUCGCCGUGUAUCUACGUAUAAUUUCGCGCAUAACACGGCGUUGCGUAGCCUAGAAUUCAGUCUAGACAUCAUGGUCAGACAACCGGAUAGCAACUGGCCUACGGCGGCGGCAGAAUUGCGUGCUGCGCUUUCCACGAUCCGUAGCCCUCGCAUUGAACACAUCAUAGUCGUGACCUGGAUCGUGCUCAAUGACGUCGACGCACUCGACCAGACGAGAUGCAUCCCGUCUCUCGAGAUGGUCUCCCCGGAGUUACCCAGCCUACAUGCCGUCAUGUGUCUACCGUUGCUUCAACGCUUUGCAGCGUGUCGACGUCAAAUUGGAGCUUCGGUAUACUGGCGUGUUACAGAGCAAGGAAUGGGCGGACGAUAUCGCACGAGCGCACGAGCGCAUCUGCCGGGAACUGUUCACACCGUGGCGCAAUUGCCAUGUUGUCAGCAUCUCCUACCGUGACAAGACUGUCAAGUGGUCGCACUAGCAUUAGAAUGCAGAGUGUUCGAUUCCGCUGAGUGUACAGUACUGGGAAAUGUUUCCCGAAUAUUGAUACAAGAAAUCGAGUUGGUGCCAGACCUGCCGACCGAUUAUCAUACAGAUUCCGAAUCCCAUUGACCAAAUUUAAGUCCGAUAUGCCUCUACGAACACCUGCGUGCUAGACAAUCGCAACGACCGCGCUACACAUUCUCG